GUAUUUACUGAACAAAAUCCCUUUACGUCAGAAGAGAACAACUAGCUCCGCUAACGUCAGUGCUUGGGGCUUUUUGUGUUGCUCGACAGCAAACCCAAGGCCUUGGAGCGCGACGUCACAGAGAUGGACCCUGCACUCCGGUUAAUGCUGCAGGAGAAGGAGAGGGCUGUGAGGACGCUGCAGGAGACUGUGGAGGUCGUCAGGCGGGUCCUGCAGGAGGAGGAGAUACGGGGGGAGCUGUGGUCGGAGCGCUCAACACCUCCAGACGAGCUGAGUCCUCUGUCAGCUCCGUCUGUGUCCCGGGAUCCGGCCGGAGACCCCGGCCCCCCCCCCCCCCCCGGGUCUACACGGGCCUCAGAGGGGUCCUCCGGCCCCCCCACAGCCUCCACAUGGGGAGGGUGUUGCCCUGUGGUGGUCCUCCACCUCUUGGAGGGGCUUGGGCCUUCCUCGGGAUCCUCUCUGCUCCUCUGCCCCCUCACUAGCCCUCCGCACACGGAGCACACUAGCUCCCUCAGAGCAGGACUUUCACUUCCCUAAACAUGUUAUCUGUGAUAGGGCUCCUCAGUGUUUCUAUAUACCGCCCCUCCCUCUGAACGUCCGCGGGGCGUCCGGGGGCUACUGGUUGAGGAGGUGGACCGGUAACCGGAGGGUGUCCGGGUCGAGUCCCGACCGGUAGGUGAGCUAUGUGGACGGGGGGAGUCGUUGUGCAGCACUCUCCUCCGUCCUCGUCCACAGAGGAGGUUCCCUUGAGCAAGGCACCUGAAGCCCCCGGGCUGCACUGCGGCCGCCCACUGC